AUGGUGAUUCCAUGCUCCUUGCCCCACACAGUAGCCUGUGCAGCAGGCUGGAAUGACAGCUGGAAGCAGCAACACUAUGGUCGUUGGUCUCGUGAUGCCCAAGGCACCGAGCACGAGGUGAAGCACGAAGACGAGGAAGGUUGGAGUUAUCGCACAAGAAGUGAUUCAGGCAGCCUUCAAGACGAAGGCUGGAAUCAUUCUUGGCGAAGCUGGGCUUGGGACAAAGGCAGUGGUACCAGGCAGCGCCAUGGCGAAGGGGAUGAAGGCUGCAUUGCCUCUGCCUGUGGUUGGAGUUGGUGGAGCAAUGACAGCUGGCGUGACUCAGGUAGCGCUCAAGAACAAGGCUGGAAUCAAACCUGGCGUCAGUGGUCUCCGGACGAAGGCGUUGAAGGCUUCAAAACGAAGCUGCCCCAAAAUGAUGAUGCAGGUUUGGACAAGCAGCUGCAACGCAAAGCCGCAGGCCGGCUCUUCGCACGCGCCUUACAGUCGGCUACGGCUACGAAUACGAAUCCGCAGCGCCGAGCGGAGCCAGAGCCCUCCGAGACUGCAACCGUGGCCCCGGCGCCGAGAGAGACUUGGGCGGCGUGCCCAAAAGAGUGUGACAUCCACUCGAAGAUGUGCGGUACCGGGCGCGUCGACCCCUUCGACGUAGGGUACGCUUGCAAGAGCAUCCCGGACCAUCAGCCCGACGGCAGGGCUGCCAAGCAGCCCCUGAGCCGUGUUUGGCAGUCCGCCAAAGUGCUGGACGACGGCAAGAUGGUGUACAUCGGCCACGAGCAGCCCAUCGAGGUCUUCCGAGCAAAGCUCGCGAACGGCCGAGAGCAGCUUUUGACUACAGAGGGGUGGAAGCUGUACAUUUUGCAGAGGUCAGCCCUUGCGCGGUACCCAAAGAAGGCGGUCAUCGCGCCGAAGAUCCUCAUGGACGAGGACGACAUCAACGAUAAGAUCAAGAACGCCGACAUCCCGGACGAUGUGGACGCCACCUAUAUGACGUCCGAGGACGGGACCUGCAGUCUUUUCUCCUGGAGGGACGUGCUGGCAAGCAAGUCCAAGGCUAAGUGA